AUGGCCGACGACGCUCCCGAUGCCAGUCCCAAGAACGAACCUCUCAACGUCGAGACCAAGGAAGACGCAGAGACUCGUGCUACUCGUCGUGAACUAAAACAAUCCUCUAUCUCUGACCCCCCAACAUCUGGUCCAGAAGAUGCUGCCAACACAUCGGAUGCGCCCGAUAAUGACUUGAAGGAGCAAAUCGCAUCCCCUAAGAAGAAGCGCGCGCAUGACCAACUAGAGGGAAGCAAAGAUGCUGAAGAAAACGAUUCGAACAGUGUGGCAUCAUCGGACUCGGCCAAGGAUAGAGCUCUACGAACCGAGCCCGAGAAGAAGCGACAUCGCGACGAAGAUGCAGAUUUGCCAUCAACGAUUGCUUCCAGCGAGGUGACCAAAGACACCGAAGCCGGCAAAUCAGCGACAAAACAGUCCCAAGGGCAAACAUCUGCUAGCGCUUUCGCGGCGUCUGGCUUUGGCAAGCUGUCGUCCGGGACUUCGCCGUUUGCUUCUCUUGGUGCCUCUCAGAGCGGAAGUGCGUUCGGAUCACUCGCUGCUGGAAAGCCCUCGCUUAGCUCAUUUGCUUCUCCGCCUUCAUUUACAACAGCACAGCCUGCCGCGCCACCUAAGCUGACCUUUGGAAGCUCAGGAGGGGCGUCGCCUUUUGCAGGGUUAUCAACUGGAAGCAAUGGAAGCCCCUUUGGGGGAAGCACUUUUGGAUCUGCUCUAGGGGGUACCAAACCUCUCUCGAGCUUCGCUGCGCCUGGUGCGGAGCCCCUCAAGAGCGAGAAACCUGCGAAGCCAUUUGGAGCCCCGGAUAGUGAAUCCGAGGACGGUGACGAAGAGGAAGAAGAAAGAGAUGAGAUCGAGGUCAACGAUGGCGAAGCCGGCGAGGCAACGGUUGUCUCUGUAAGAGCCAAGAUGUUUUACCACGACAAAGAGGCCGGCUGGAAAGAACGAGGUGCGGGCAUGCUUAAAAUUAAUGUGCCUCAGGCCUGUGUCGAGUACGACGAAAACGGCGCUGUUAUCCCCGGAUCAUUUGAUGCUUCCGCUUUAGAAGUGGACGAGGAGGCUGCAGGAGAAUCCCAAGGCCACAAGGUUGCCCGUCUCAUCAUGCGCCAAGAUCAAACACAUCGAGUCAUUUUGAACACAGCGCUUGUCGCCGCCAUGAAAUUCCAAGAAAAGGCUUCAUUGAAGUCUGUUGGCAUCCUCUUCACUGCUUUCGAGGGUGAACAGUCCAAACCCGUGAGCAUCACAAUGAGAAUGUCAGCUGCCAACGCAAAGCUUUUCAUGAAUGAGAUUGGAAUCAUUCAAAAAGAACUCCAGAACAGUUAG